AUGAGCCUCUCGUUUGAAUCACGCGUGCUGGACGCCAGCGGGGUGUCUGGGCGGCAUCAGGUGUCGUGUACGCUCGUGACUGGCUUCCUGGGAUGCGGCAAGACCACUCUGCUGCAGCUGACCAUCUACUUCCCUCCCCCUUACCGCCCCCUUUUUCCCCCCUACCAGCACGUGCUGAGGGAGAAGGGCGAUCUGCGAGUGGCCGUGCUGGUGAACGAAUUCAGCCCUGUUGACGUGGACUCCCUGCUGCUCCAAUCACAGCGCGCCAACGUGGCAGUUGGGGCGCCCCCUGGUCAUGGGGAUCUGGCAGGGGGUGAGUGCGUGAAAGAGAAAGUGUGGGCAAGGGGAGGGAGAAAGGAAUGGGUGGGCUGUGCAUGUUGCCACGUCAGUGACGGGCUCAAGAAGGCUGUGCGAGCAGCGGUUGGUGGCGCCAUGUCAGCAUGCGACUACCUCAUCUUGGAGACCUCAGGCCUAGCGGACCCUCAACCAAUCGCCGCCCAGCUGAUGGAAGCAGGGGUGAGGCUCGAUAGAGUGGUGGCUGUGGUGGAGGCUGAGACGCUGCCGACCCUCCUCGAACAGCAGCCAAUAGCGCGGCGACAGCUGGCAGCGGCCGACCUGGUGUUGCUGAAUAAGUGUGACCUGGUGUCCCUGGGUGCACUAUCAGAUGCAGAAGACAUGCUCCUUAAAUUUCUCACCACAGGAGACGCGUCUGCCCACCCACAUACCAACGACGCAUACGGCACCAGUCAUAGAUGCACCUCCUCCUCUCACACACGCUCCCAUCCUCCCACCCCCACCUCUAUACAACCAUCCAGCUUGCCUCUUCCCCCUGUAGUCCGCACCCGUUACUGUCACGUCCCCUUGGAUCUGAUCCUAGAUACCGUUCCUGUAUCGCAGCCUGCUCCUCCUCUCACCUCAGCAUCCGCUCAUCUCUCCGCUGGCUUCCUCUCUCACGAAGCCACUGCUGCCCCCUCCUUUCGCACUCCCGGUGCUUCAACUCCCUCAGCCCUCACUCCCUCCUUGCACAAGGAAGGGAAAGAGCCGGAUGCAAGGCAUGGAGCGAGGAGGUAUCAACUAGGUGCACCUGCACCAGGUCAUGCCUCCACCCCGUUUACAUCACUCCUCUUUGAGUCACAGCAGCCUCUUCCGCUAGCUGCAUUCCAGCACAUCGUGGCCACCAGACUGCGAGGAAGAGCCGCCAGCAGCAACAAGAGUGGCAGUGGCACUGCUGCCAGCAGCACCACCAGCGGGUGUGCUCCAGUGAAGGGUCUGCUUCGAGCCAAGGGCUUCUUGUUCUUCAAGGAAAUGCGGUAA